UCAUCCUCUGAAAUAAUGCAAAACCGAAGUCAUGUGACUGAAUUCAUCUUCAUGGGACUUUCACAGAACCCACAUGUCCAGAAACUAGUAUUUGUUGUCUUUCUGUUUAUCUACUUUGCAACUAUGGGGGGCAACUUGCUAAUUGUGGUGACCGUCAUCAGGACUUCAGCUCUUUUGGGCUCUCCAAUGUACUUCUUCCUGUCCUUCCUGUCCUUCCUAGAUGCUUGUCUGUCUUCUGUCAUCCUCCCAAAGCUGAUUGUGGAUUCUCUCUAUGUGAAGCAUGCCAUGUCUUUUGAAGCCUGCAUAACCCAGCUCUUUUUUGGACAUUUCUUUGCUGGCGUGGAGGUGAUUGUCCUCACAGCUAUGGCCUAUGACAGAUACGUGGCCAUUUGCAAACCCUUGCACUACUCUUCCAUCAUGAACUGGAGGCUCUGUGGUAUUCUGAUUGGAGUAGCCUGGGCUGGGGGCUUUCUACAUUCCAUUAUUCAGAUUUUCUUUAUUUUACAGCUGCCGUUCUGCGGCCCCAAUAUCAUUGAUCAUUUCAUCUGUGACUUAUACCCAUUAUUGAAGCUUGCCUGCACUGAUACUCACGCCUUUGGCUUAUUUGUAGUCGCCAACAGUGGGUUUUUCUGCAUACUAAUCUUCUCAAUGCUGCUGGUCUCCUAUGGUGUUAUCUUAUUCUCCCUGAGAAACCAUAGCACUGAAGGGCAGAGGAAAGCCCUCUCUACCUGUGGAUCUCAUGUUGCUGUUGUGGUUUUGUUCUUUGUCCCCUGUAUAUUUGAGUAUGCAAGACCUCCAUCUGCUAUUUCCUUUGACAAAAUUUUAGCUAUUUUUUAUACCGGCCUAACUCCCUUAUUCAAUCCUUUGAUUUAUACUGUCCGGAAUAGGGAAAUAAAAAAUGCCAUGAAGAAACUGUGGAGCAGAAUCAUGGUUACUUCCCAGGGAAAAUAA